AGGGAAAAAAAUCGCCAUGAAGUUCUCUAAAUCGAUGACUCCCACUAGUGAUUUAUGUUUGCCACAUGAGUUCUUCGAUGAUGAUGAUGAAGACGAAGAAGAGAGUGUCAUGGAGUGUAAAGAAGAAAAGGUAAGUAAUAUUCUUGACAUGAGUCAUUCAGCUAUGGCUUCCUAUCCUAUCUCAGCUUAUCUCUCUAUAUUGGAUAACAGCAGCAAUUGCCUUUUCUCCUCUUCCGCUUCUGCUAGUCCCAAAAUGAGCCAUAAGAGAUUGAGAAAGACGCCGAACAGCGAAGAAUCUAUUGGAAGUAACGAUACUCCUUUAAGUAAUAGUAGUAACGGUUCGAUAAACCAUGGCGACAGUAGUGCUAGUUUGAUUAGUUUGCCACGACUCCAAUUUCGUGAUCACAUUUCAACUUACAAGGAAAGGUUCUUUGCUGCUGAAGCCAUGGAAGAAGCUGCGACUGCAAUGAUUGGAACAGAUGUUGAAUAUAGAGAUGAAGAAGUUAACGAGGAUGGAAUAAAACUGGUUCAGUUGCUAUUUUCUUGUGCCGAGGCAGUUGCUUGUCGUGAUAGGUGUCAUGCUUCGGCCUUAUUAUCUGAACUUCGGAAUAAUGCUAAAAUUUUCGGGACUUCUUUUCAACGAGUUUCUUCUUGUUUCGUCCAAGGUCUUGCUGAUCGUCUGUCGUUGGUUCAACCACUUGGGGCAGUUGGCAUUGUCACUACUUCGGAUUCAACAUCGGCAAAAUCGUUGGAUAUGAAACAAGAAGCCUUGAGCCUUGUUUAUGAGAUAUGUCCACAUAUUCAAUUUGGUCAUUUUGUGGCCAAUCUAUCAAUAUUGGAAGCCUUGGAGGGAGAGAGUUUUGUUCAUGUUGUAGACUUAGGCAUGACUCUAGGUUUACAAUAUGGACUUCAAUGGCACGGGUUGAUCGAUAGCCUUGCUAACCGUGCUGGGGAACCACCACGUGGUAUUCGUAUAACCGGUGUAGGAAAUUCGACGAUGCAUCUUCGAUCCAUCGGAGAGGAGUUGGAGGUUUAUGCGCGAAGUUUGGGAUUAAAUUUUGAGUUCUCCCUAGUAGAAAGCAACUUAGAGAACUUGAAGAAAGAGGACUUCAAUCUUUAUGAAGGUGAAGUUGUUGUUGUAAACAGCAUCCUGCAGCUGCAUUGUGUGGUUAAAGAGAGUAGAGGAGCUCUUAAUUCAGUACUGCAGGUAAUUCAUGAACUUUGUCCAAAAGUUCUAGUUCUAGUUGAGCAAGAUUCAAGCCAUAAUGGACCUUUCUUCUUAGGCAGGUUUAUGGAGGCUCUACAUUACUACUCUGCUAUAUUUGACUCUCUCGACACAAUGUUACCUAAGUACCAUACGAAACGUGCUAAGAUCGAACAAUUCUACUUUGCGGAAGAGAUUAAGAAUAUAGUUAGCUGUGAAGGGCCGGCAAGAGUUGAACGGCAUGAAAAGGUUGAUCAGUGGCGUCGAAGGAUGAGUCGUGCUGGUUUUCAACCAGCACCAAUAAAGAUAAUUUCCCAGGCCAAGCAAUGGUUGGAGAAGCUCAAUGUGUGUGAAGGUUACACAAUUGUGGAAGAAAAGGGUUGCUUGGUUCUUGGCUGGAAAUCCAAGCCGAUUGUUGCAGCUUCAUGUUGGAAAUGCUGAAUCAAACUUACCCGAACGACAAAUUGCUUUCUUUAUAUAUAUAUAUAUAUAUUGGUUUUAACUUUUAACUGCUCUUAGUAGUAUGUAUGAGUCAAUAAUAUAUAUAGAUCCUCAACGAGAGCAGACAUUGUGCUUAAUUCAGAGUGAAAAAGUUUAGGACUGUGAGAUUCUGUUCAGAUGGUGAUGAACAAAUGAAAUAAAUAGGAAGCCACUAAUGCUUUGGUGUGUGUAACGGGAAAGUCGGGUACUCCUCAUAAAUUGAUGGUUUACGCAGUCAUUUGAUUCUCUAGCGUUAACUCCUCCUCUUCAUCUGAAGGUAAACCCAUCUCUUCGUCCGAUACUUCUUCCUCUUCAUCUGAAUCUAUUUUUUUCUUGUUCGAUCUCGUCUUCUCCGACAGUCGCACAAGCUUUUGCCAUUUCAAGGCCAUCAACUCAUCAUAGCUGAACUCCUUAACCUCACGGCUUUCCUCCUCAUCCUCAUAGCUUAAUCUCCACAAUCCCUUGGUCACUCUUCUCCUGCUGCCGGAGCUUCAUGGCCAUCUCUUGUUGCCGUCUCCAAAGCUUUAAUGAGCGACUUCUUG